UUUCCACAGUCCAAAAACAAGGGAGCGUGCGGGGAUCAUUCUGAUUAGUGUGAGCUGUUAUAUACUUUUGUUUACCUUGUACCAAAGGCUUGAAUCCGUCCCGCUGUUUGAUAACCUGCUGCUGCUGAGGAUGAAGCUGUUUUGAUCCUCUCCACGCGCUCCUCCAGCUCCGCGCGCCGGUUUAAGAUGCCAUCGAACCACAACACUUGGCACGUGGCUCGGGGUGCGACUAACCCGGGAUAACAAAUAAGAGAAAGCGAGAAGUUUUGGUCCUGGGUCGAGAGGAACCCGGAAAGGAGGCCCCAGGAUCAGAGAGCGGCGCGCCGGGGAGAGGAGGCGCUGAGCCGCACCGAGCCAACCGGAACGGAUAGGGGAGGUUUGCAGAGAUGUUGUUCCCUCGGCUCCUCUUCGUCCUUGUCCUCAUCCUUCUCCUGCUGCCCGCGGGACGCUGCCAUGCUACGCACCGGCACAGAGGCUCCGGUUCCCGGGCUGGGGGCCGCGGGACCGACCGCUCCCACAGAGCCCCAUUGGGGGCUAUCGAAAAUGGAGAGAAAGUUCCGAAAAGGGCGGCCAAGUCUAACCACGAGAGUCGCCUCAGAGAAUCAAAACACAAGGAACAAUUCAUCAGCCACUUGACAGGUCCUCUUGCCUUUAAACCACGAUGCCGGAGACAGUUCCACAGAUUGUACCAUAACACCAGGGACUGUACUGUACCUGCCUAUUAUAAAAGAUGUGCUCGUCUGCUGACUCAACUGGCCAAGAGCCCUUACUGUGCAAAGAGAUAAACAGGCCUCGAGAUGACUCUGGACAGGAAGUGUCAACACAACAGGAGAGUAUCCCUAUAUUGUUCACCCUCUCUAAAAACCACCAGCAGCAAACGUUGUCACAUCAAUAAAAGCUUGAUAUUGACUUUCAUUCAGAAAUAUAUUUUUUAUAUAGGCUAUAUGAUCCAAAUUUUUUGUGGAUUUUUGGUCUGGACCUGUUAAUUUGACGCAGAGACCCCCAUCAAAGACUUCUGGAAACUUUUGUCAUCAACAAACCAUGAAGAACUCAAGACUUAUUUUUAUUUUGGGUGGGGUUAUUGUCUUUCUACAGUUCCACAACAACAGAAGACCAGUGCAUCAUUUGAAAGCAGUCAUCUGAUUUCUGGAGGUACACUGGAGAAAAUGUUUGGAAAUAAGUCUGGAGUCGUUUAUUCAGGGUUUCAAUAAUUUUAGACAUUAGACCACACACUGUGUUUUAUAUACUGUUUUACAUAACUGAACGUAUUUAAUGUUUUGUAUUGCACUGAGGCGUCUGCUAAUUCUAAUAAUAUUUCAUUAUAUUUAUAUUAUUAAAAAUGCCACCUUUUGUGCAAUAUCUGAAUCAGAAUCUGUUUUAUUGCC